UGCCCCUUAUAGCGGACUCACCCACUCAGAACAUUCAGCAAGUCCAAGCAGUGUCGGAACUUGCCAUGUGUAAGCGACUUCGAGAACAUGUCAGUAGGAUUGUCCACGGUGUCAAUCUUCUUCACCUUAACCCUCUUCUAUGUCCUCAAGAAAUGAUACAUCACAUCGAUGUGCUUAGCCCUCUCAUGGUGGACUUGAUCCUUGGCCAAACAUAUUGCACUCAAACUUUCACAAUACACCACUGCAUGAUCAUGAUGUAAACUCAGAUCACCAACCAGCCCCUUCAACUAUAUUCCCUCCUUAGCAACUUCUAUCAACGCAAUGUACUCUGCUUCAGUAGGUAUGUCGACUGUAAAGUUGCAUUCUAGCUCACCAUAGAACUCUCAAGAGUGAUUACAUAACCGAUCAUCGAUCUCCUCAUGUCAACAUCUCCCAGCAUAAUAAGAAUAUGAAUAACCAGCCGCUAAGCACUCUGCAUCACUUCCGAAACUAAUGCCCACAUCAGAUGUACCCUUCACGCAUCGAAAGAUCCUCUUCACAACCUGCCAAAGGAAAUCGAUCUAAUCCGAAAUCCAAUAUGGUAAAAGACCAACCCAUAACAGAAACUCAUAAAACAUCGAUCCCAUAUACUGGGGAUCGAGGAAGCAUCACUCCCCCUGGACCCCACUCGUUGAUCGCGCUACAAAACCCCGUAACUUUCAAUUGUAGCCUGAUAGUACGAUCUGAGUCACAUCGAUAUUUGUCAUUUAAAAAAAAAAACAAAAAACAAAGAAGAUUCACUUAUUUCAACAUGUGCAUUUAAAUAUUUCUUUGAUCCAUGCUAGCCUUACAUUUUCCCCCCUCAAUAACAACCCGUUGAAAAAGAAAAAGAAAAAGAAUUCUGCCUAAUCCGCUACAUCCCAGCCGGUUGUCAAUCAAAAACUCAUUUCCACCGUCAAAAGACCUCCGAAAAAGAAACACAAAAUCUCUCAACGAAACUAAUUUCCGACGGCUCAAAUGCAAAGCCUGAGGCAUCUUAAUCGGAGGAGUUACAAAAAUACUAUCUAAAAUAUCUGGUCCGCACGCCUUUGUAGCCAGGGAAAACGAGAAAACCCAGUAGUUGACGCUUAUGGCUGCAAUUCUCUGCACAAGAAGAAUAAUCUUUAUUUCGAGGGUUUGUUUUGUUUAAUGAUUUUCCCGGAAUUUCAAGGGAGCAAAAAGCUCGGAUUUUUAUGAAAUGCAGUCCCCGAGAGAAUGAGAGAAAGAUCGAAGCUUGAUUGAAAGUCAAAAGAUUUGAGAAAUUCAGCAGCAGAAGAGGCAGGAUCACAUCUUCUCUCGUUUCUUCUUCAACGGCAACGACCACCGUCGGCGUCCGCCAUGGAAGUGGGUAUGCAAGUGCAGGGCCCGUUCACUUCAUGCAGAGCUUUGUUUCGCGAGAGAACGCGCUUCAAGAUCAGACCUUUUUCUUCUGGGUCUUUCCCUAAUGGAGCAGCCACUCGUUUCGUUAGUCUUGCAGCUUGGUGCAAUGAGUUUCCAUCAUCAUCAUCUGGGUUCUCGUUGAAAAUUACUUCCAGUGGAGACUUUUCUAAAAAAAGACUCAGAAAGUUGUCGAAUGGAAGGGCAAAAAUCCCUGCACCAAAGGGAUUUGUACCAAAGACACCUACCGCUACAAGCACUCCGAAAAGGCAACCAACAAAAAAGGAAGUUGAGACAAUGCAGGAUGAAUCUAAAGCCAGCAAAGAGUUGUCUAUUGAUGAAACAAGUACGGUAGUGGAAAAUGGAAGUGUUGGUAGCAUAGAGAACAUUGAGACCACUGCCGAAGAGGAAAAUAAUAGCAUGAGCGCCACAAGCACUCCGAAAAGGCAACCACCAAUAAAGGAAGUUGAGAAAAUGCAGGAUGAAUCGAAAGCCAACAAAAAGUUGACUAUUGAUGAAACAAGUACAGUAGCGGAAAAUGGAAGUGUUGGUAGCAUUGAAAGCAUUGAGAGUACUGCCGAAGAGGAAAAUAAUAGCAUGAGCGCCAAAAGCACUCCGAAAAGGCAACCACCAAAAAAGAAAUUUGAGACAAUGCAGGAUGAAUCUAAAGGCAGCAAAGAGUUGACUAUUGACGAAACAAGUACAGUAGCCGAAAAUGGAAGUGUUGGUAGCAUCGAGAGCAUUGAGGCUACUGCUGAAGAGGAAAAUUAUAGCAUGAGCGCCACAAGCACUCCGAAAAGGCAACCACCAAAAAAGGAAUUUGAGACAAUGCAGGAUGAAUCUAAAGGCAGCAAAGAGUUGACUAUUGAUGAAACAAGUCCAGUAGUGGAAAAAGGAAGUGUUGGUAGCAUUGAGAGCAUUGAGACUACUAUCAAAGAGGAAAAUAAUAUCAUGAGCGCCCUAAGCACUCCGAAAGGGCAACCACCUAAGAAGGAAGUUGAAACAAUGCAGGAUGAAUCUAAAGCCAACAAAGAGUUGACUAUUGAUGAAACAAGUUCAGUAGUGGAAAAUGGAAGUGUUGGUAGCAUUGAGACUGCUUACGAAGAGGAAAAUAAUAUCACAAGUGACUCGGCAAAGGAAGAAGCUUUCCUUGCAUUGAAAUUGGAAAGUGAAGAGAACUUACGGAGGCAAGAAGUUGAUAAGCUUGCUGAUAGGAGCUUAUCGGAGGGCGUCAAAAUGUUUUUUUAUCCACAGGUGGUUAAACCUGAUCAAGAAGUGGAGGUCUUCCUAAACAGGAGAUUAUCAACUCUGGUUAAUCAGCCUGAAGUUUUAGUCAUGGGAGCUUUUAAUGACUGGAAAUGGAAGUCUUUUACUGGCAGGUUGAGUAAAACCGAUCUGAGAGAGGAUUGGUGGUCUUGCCGCAUUCGUGUUCCUAAAGAAGCGUAUAAGAUGGACUUCGUAUUCUUUAAUGGAAAAGAUAUGUACGAGAACAACAACAAGAAGGAUUUCUAUGUGCUAGUGGAAGGUGGGAUGGAUGAGUUUGAAUUUGAGGAUUUUUUGCUCGAGGAAAAACGGAGGGAGCUAGAGAGACUUGCUGAGGAGAAAGCAGAGAGGGAUAGACAGGCUGAAGAAGAACGCUUAAUAGAAGCAGAGAAGGCUGCAAGGGAAGCUGAUAGAGCUCAGGCAAAGGCAGAAGUUGAAAAGAGGCGUGAAUUGUUGCAAAAAAUGACGGAAAAGGCUGUAAAAUCAGUUGAGAAUGUCUGGUUCAUGGAGCCCAGAGAGUUUCAAGGAGAGGGUACGGUGAGAUUGUACUAUAACAAAAGCUCGGGUCCACUUGCUCAUUCCAAGGACCUCUGGAUACAUGGUGGCCAUAACAACUGGAGCGAUGGAUUAGCCAUUGUCCAAAAGCUUGUCGACUUUGAGAGAAAGGAUGGUGACUGGUGGUAUGCUAAUGUUGUUGUUCCUGAAGGAGCCCUUGUCUUAGACUGGGUCUUUGCUGAUGGUCCACCACAAAGUGCUGCUAUGUAUGAUAAUAACCGUUCCCAAGAUUUCCAUGCAAUUCUUCCGAACAGUAUUCCUGAAGACUUGUAUUGGGUAGAGGAAGAGGACAAUAUAUAUAACAAGCUACAGGAAGGCAGGAGGUUAAGAGAGGAAGCUCUACGUGUCAAGGCUGAGAAAACACAACGCAUGAAAGCUGAAAUGAAGGAAAGAACUCUGAAGAAGUUUCUCCUGUCUCAGAAGCACGUAUUUUAUACGGAACCAGUCAAUGUUCAGGCUGGAAGCACCGUUACGAUUUUUUACAAUCCUGCAAACACGGUACUCAAUGGUAAAUCUGAAGUUUGGUUCAGAGGUUCGUUUAAUCGCUGGACCCACCGCAAGGGCCCAUUGCCACCUCAGAAAAUGUCGCCUGCUGAAGAUGGUUCUCAUGUCAAAACCACUGUGAAGGUUCCACUGGAUGCAUACAUGAUAGAUUUUGUGUUCUCAGAGAAGGAAGAUGGUGGAAUAUUUGACAACAGAGAUAGCAUGGAUUACCAUAUCCCUGUAAUUGGAGGAAUUGCAAAGGAGCCGCCGUUGAAUAUUGUGCAUAUUGCCGUUGAAAUGGCUCCUAUUGCAAAGGUUGGAGGACUUGGUGAUGUACUGACUAGUCUGUCUCGUGCUGUUCAAGAGUUAAGCCACAAUGUGGACAUCAUUCUCCCAAAGUACGACUGCUUGAAACUUAAUCAUGUGCAAGACCUUCAGUAUAACCGAAGCUAUUCAUGGGGAGGUACUGAAAUAAAAGUCUGGCUCGGGAAAGUGGAAGGCCUGUCUGUCUACUUUUUGGAGCCUCAGAACGGUGUGUUUUGGGCAGGGUGUAUAUAUGGCUGCCGAAAUGAUGGAGAGAGAUUUGGUUUCUUUUGCCAUGCAGCUCUUGAGUUCUUGCAUCAAAGUGGAUCUCAUCCUGAUAUUAUCCACUGUCAUGAUUGGUCUAGUGCUCCAGUUGCAUGGUUGUUCAAGGACCAUUACGUGCACUAUGGUCUGAGCAAAGCUCGAAUUGUAUUUACUAUUCACAACCUUGAAUUUGGGGCGCAAAACAUUAGCAAAGCAAUGGCCUUCUCGGACAAGGCUACAACUGUAUCCCCUACAUAUGCAAAGGAGGUUGCAGGGAACGCUGCAAUUGCUCCUCAUCUAUACAAGUUCCACGGUAUACUCAAUGGAAUCGACCCAGAUAUAUGGGACCCGUACAAUGAUCAGUUCCUUCCUGUACAUUACACUUCUGAGAAUGUCGUCGAAGGCAAAAGAGCAGCCAAGGAAGCUCUGCAAGAGAGGCUUGGUCUGAAAAAGGCUGAUUUCCCUCUAGUCGGCAUCAUUACCCGUUUAACACAGCAGAAAGGAAUCCAUCUCAUCAAGCAUGCCAUUUGGCGCACCUUAGAACGAAAUGGACAGGUUGUGUUACUUGGGUCAGCUCCAGAUCCACGGAUACAGAACGAUUUUGUAAAUCUCGCCAAUCAACUGCAUUCGACCCAUGGAACCCGUGCCCGCCUUUGUUUGACCUACGAUGAGCCACUCUCACACUUGAUCUAUGCUGGAGCGGAUUUCAUCUUGGUUCCGUCAAUAUUCGAGCCAUGUGGGCUGACACAGCUCACAGCCAUGAGAUACGGUUCAGUACCUGUUGUCCGAAAGACCGGAGGCCUCUACGACACUGUGUUCGACGUUGACCAUGAUAAAGAAAGAGCACAAGCACAAGGGAUCGAACCGAAUGGGUUCAGCUUUGAAGGAGCUGAUGCUUCUGGGGUUGACUAUGCACUAAACAGGGCGAUAUCUGCUUGGUACGAUGGCCGGGACUGGUUUAACUCGUUAUGUAAAACCGUGAUGGAGCAAGACUGGUCGUGGAAUAAGCCCGCUCUAGACUACAUGGAGCUUUACCACUCUGCCCGGAAGUGAGAAAAACCAGUCAAGUAGCCUAGUUAUGUACAGGGUUAGUCUAUCGAUACGUUCUUCGGAUCACCUACUCAUCUGCAAUUCUUCUGCACAUAAAAUCUAUCCCUCUAGGAUCUUGAAUAAUGCUUUUUUGUUGAAAGCUGCCCAAAUUGGGAGAGAAAAAGGUGGCAACUUGUUGCCUUGCCGCACAAGUUGCUCGACUGAUCUUUUUUUGUGACAUUGAUAGUUUCCUGACUUUGCCAACUAUGUGAGGUUGAUAAGUGAUAAGUGGGGAAUGAUUUAAAAGGGAAUCAACCAAUCACAGAGGUGAAGAUGAGUUGUUGCUGCUGGUUAUCAUUGAUAUGAUCCAAGUGGAUUCACCUUUUGUUGUAGUUUUCUUUGUUUUGGACGGUAGAGGUGGGUUUUUGUGAUUUGAUUUGAUGUUAUGGGUUGGGAAAUGGAAUGGUCGUAAGCUCGAGUUCCUACUCAGAUUCCAUGACAGCCUUGAGCUUGAUUUGACCAUGAUCAUUACUUGGGAAAGCUAUUUCCAAUGGUGCACGACGAGUUUCAGGUGGUAAUAUGAAUGUUUGGUCAUGAUUGUAACAUAAAAGAAAGUUUGUGUUUGAUCUUAUAUGACGAUUGACGAGUGAGAUGAUUUUAAAUGGUGAGUAGAGAUAUAUAUGGUUCGGUAUGAUAUGAAAUUAAAAAUUGGAACUAAAUCUUGUAUAAUUUUGAUCUGGGAGAUUGGAGACACAUUUUAUUUUGUACGUUUUGGUAUGAGAGAAAGGUUUUAAGCUAAUGCGAAUUAAUAUCGGAUUACAUAUAGGUAAUAUGAUCUACCUUCUCCACCAUGUUUAAAUUCAAGAUCCUACUUUAUGCAUAUGAAUGAGUUUUGACCGGUACUCGAUUAUUGUAUCUUUUCAUGUAACGAGCAGCUACCGGGAUGGGGUUAGCACCGUGAUAACUAGCAAAAAACGCUACUAAAAAUAACGAAAUCACUACGGAUUAUUAUAAAAUCAAUACAACAUCUAAGCUAAAUUACUACUAAUUCAAACUAGUAGUAGUUUUUCCCUUGGUUAGGAUGGUGCUAACUAUUGUACAAUUAGCACCGUAACCGCUCCCGCAGCUACCUAUACAAAAAGCUGAUCUAGUGAGAAUGUAAAACUAGCAUGGUAAUAGUUCAACCACAUGUCGGUGAAUUAUCUAGUAUAUUUUUAUUAUUGUUUGAUAACGACUUUCUAGUAUUUUUGUUAGUAUAAAUAAAGCUUUUAAGGAUCAAGAAAUUAAUAAUGUGGCUGUAGUUUAGUGGUAAGAAUUUCACGUUGUGGCCGUGAAGACCUGGGCUCGAAUCCCAGCAGCCACAAAUAAUUUGCUUUAAUACAUUUUCCCAUUAAUUUUACUUGCCUGAGAUCUUAAUUAAUAGACUUUAAUUAGUUGGUCCAGAAUAAGUAAAGAAUCACAAUGAAACAGUUUAAUGGGCCUGGGUUGGGUGGGGGCCUUCAACUGCAGGCCCCAUGGGCCCCACCAACAGCUUUUGUGCUGGAUCAUUAAAAGAGGGCAAUUAAGCCCAUUAUUUGGUGAUUAUAAAUGUUGAAACACAACCAUAAAUAGGAAAAGAAACCCCCAGACCCCAGUUGUAUUAGUAGAAUUUUAGAUUAAAGCCCCCACCCAAAAAGCAAGUAUGUAUUGUUUUUGUUAUUUUCUUUGUGAUGUAUAAGUAGGACAUUUGAAAGCUCAAGUUUAGGAAAAAAGAAGCAAAGCAAGGUUGGUUUCUCAAUCCAGGUAAAAUUGGAUUUGAUUUCCAUCCUCAAAUAUAUGAUUUUUAUUUUGCUUCAAUUCUAGUGGAUCACUUAAAGUGAAGAAACAAACGAAAUACGAGAUCAGAACGGCUAAGGACGACAUGUUUUUUUAAUGAUAUUGUCUUUCAAUUUUCCUCAAUUUUUCUCCAACUCUACACUAGUUUUGAUCUAACUCCGAACAUUAUGAACAACACAACUUGAACCAUUUGUUGAAGACUGAUGGUAUGUAUAAAAUGACCCUUUUCCCUCCAUUCCACUCCUCCUAAACAACACAACUUGAACCAUAUCUACCCCUUUUUGAUUCAUUUGGGGUUUGUUUAACUAUCUAGGUUUACUUGAAAUAAGUUAAUUAUUAUAGUUUCAAUUAUGGAAGCUAGGUUUGUGGCUUGGGUAGGAUGUAGUAGGGGGAGGGGAGUGCACUCACUUUUAGUUGUGGUUUCUACUUUAAUUUCAAUAAGUGAAGAUGACGCCGAUGGAAUAGCGGUCACAAAUAUUUUCGAUUAUUGUAUAUGUAUCUCUCAUAACAGAAAACGAUGAUUAGGUCGAGUUAUCUGUUUCUACGAGGAUUAAUAGUUCAACCAUGAUGCAUAAUUCGAUAAAAUUGAUUGUUACCGGAAUAAAAUCGCUCGAUUCUCACAUGAAGGGGGGAAAAAUUGUCGCAACUACAUUGGUGAAUCGAGAAGGGAAAGGGAUGGAGGGUUGCUUAUGAAAUCGAGUCGUUUCGAGUGAGUGACUAAGCCCCACGCCAAUAUAGCAACUAAGUUAGAGUUUAAACGCAAAUCAUUGAAAGGUCAAAGUAUUUAAAAAAAUGUCAUAUAUGUCCUAGCAUGUUUAGAACGACAAACUACAACAAACGACAAGAUAACAUUAGCAUAUGAAAGGAGAAAAAAGACUCUCGCGUCUAUUUCUUCCAAGUUCCGACUUCCGACUCAUAAAUAAAAUAAAACAAAUACAUAAAUAAUCGAGAUCAACAACACAUCACACCGAAACCGCCAUCCAAAUCCUACCUAACUCCAGCCUUUGACAUUCAGAAGCCUUUUGACAUCAGAACUCAAGGUCACUCUGCUGCUACCUCCCAAGGUUAUCACUGAGCCUGACACAACCUUUUUCUGCUCUGCCAAACUGUCCAAAGUGAGAUGGAACAAUUCUUUGUUUCUGUUUUCUUUGGCGUUUUGGGGAAGGAAAGAAAGCGAAAGGGAUAACGUUACUACUGAAAUGUGUGAGAGACUGAACUGUGCUAAGUAACCAAUCGCGUUCAUCCACAUUGCCCAAUCAACACUGCUGGCUCUGCCUCCCUUUCAACAGUCAUUAGCCCUUCCCCGAAGCCAAAUACGAACCCUAAUCCCAUAAUUAUAUGUGCAUGAUGAUGAACUUAAUUAUUCUUAAUGGGAAAAGCAUCCCAAAGUUGUCAAUUCUCAUCAAUCACUAGUUUGAAAGUAAAGGGUUUAUCUGGUUUGUAAUUUCAAUGGGAUUAAAACAAAGAGAGAUAUGGGUGUGGGACCAUCGAGUUCAUGCUAAUUCCCAUCACGGAAAUUGGUAAAAAAUGGGAGGAGUUUGAGGGGCUGGAAUCCUCAAUGGUGAUUAAACUUUGUUGAAUGCAAUGAAGAACUUUAAGAUCGCAUAUUAGUGGUCAUCAAACUUGUUGUUUUCGUAGUUAGAUGUCGAGAUCGUUACUCUGCCUGAUUUCGAGUAUUUUAAACCUCAAUCGUGAUUAAAUUUUGCUAAAUGGAAUAAAGCAGUCACGAUCAC